AUUUAGCUUUGCGUCUGCUCUGCAUACAACAAUCCUUAUUUACUUAAUUUCUUUGAUUUGCUUGUCUUUAACUCGGGAAUUGCGAGAUGGUUGUACUUAACAACGACGAAGAACAUGAUAUAAUUUUGAUUGAACAGCGCUGCUCCUCAUUGCCCAGCUCUCCUGCCAAACGGGUUUCUCCAGCCAAAAAGAAGCAGUUUUUUAUAAGCCAAGCCAUACGCAACUCUGAUCUCACACCCAAAGCAAAGGGGAAAAAAAGCCUUAGACGACUAGAGAACACUCGCUACCUGGAUAAUCUUCUGGAGCGAGAUGAGUGCUCUAAAGACCAGGCGGAAGCGAGUGAGACUGCCUCACCCACUAUCUUCACUGAAGCUUGCACCAAUGGAAACUAUGUGGAGUACUGGAGUGACUUCAUGAACCGCUCAGGAGAGGAGCAGGAGAAAGUGCUGUCCCUGCUGCAGGAAGAGGCGGCAAGACACAAUAACUCCAACAAGGGCCCCAAAGACCAAAGAGAGUUGAACCCUGACUUCACUGCUCAGGAAUGCUUCCAAAGGAUUGAUCGGCGGUUGCGUGCAACAUUGAAACGCAAACAUGUACCAACGGCAACGCUGGAGCUUUUGGAGUCGGAACUGCUGACCUUCUUUGAAGCUCACCCACAGUCUAUUUAUGUCACCAAGCUUACCAGCAGUUUUGACAGGCUGUUGCUUCAUGCUAUUUGCCAGUACAUGGAUCUUGCCUCAGCCAGCACCACCCAUAAUGGCACUCGACAAACAAAGGUUGUGAACAAACAGGAUGAGUUCCUCCCUCCAUCCCCAUUACUGUCAGCUUACUUGGAGCAGAAGAGCUGAAAGGACAGCAGUAUUCCAGCACUGCCACUUGAACUGGCCAGUAUAAAAUAUAGAAGCCAAACUCCUGUCAUUUUACUGGUCACAAACACAUGUUUUUGCUCAUUUGUAUAAAACACAUAGGCUAUUGUUUUUGAUAUGCUCAUCCACUAACUACCUAUUAGGGCCAGUUGCUGGAUGAAGUGUUUAUACUGGAAAUGCUUUUUGGAUCUUCAAUUGACUUCACAUAGGUCACACUCUUAUUUGAAAAGUACACAUGUGUCCUUCGGAUUACUGCCGUUUGCAGGAUGUACUGUUUUGUCAUAGAGGGCUGUUUAGGUGCUAUUGGUGAAUCUGAUUAAUGCAUGUUUCUUGGUCAAAAAAAUCACAUCCAAAAUCUAGAUAAAAGAAGACUGUAGUGAUUUGCGUUUUUAAAAUAUUUGUAAAAGUUCUACCAAGUUUUUGGGUAGUUUUUGUCUAUGUUGCUUAGGUACAAAGGUUAGAUAUUUUGUACCAAUAUAAACCAAGUUAUGAUUGAACUUUUUUAGUAAGCAUUACAUCCUAAAAGCUUGAUUUACAAAAAUUAAAGCAAAAGUGUUAGCAAAUGCCUUACGGAUGGCAGCUUCGAGCAUCUCUUUCCGAAACCGCUACAGAGCUGAUAGAUUUUAAUGUAACUAUCAUAUGGAUUAACUUGGGAGCAAAGUGAAGGUGAAGAAACACACAGUCGGGGUGCCUGGGUGGUACAGCGGUAAAACAAGCUGCCCAGAUCUCGAGUUUAACUAUCAGCACUGCUAUCGGCUGGCUGGGCACCUUUACAGACUCUAUUGGUCUAUGUCUGAGGGUGGGCGGGCUAAGGGGGGGUUCUGUGUUGCUGGCUGUUCGAUGGCGCCUGUACAGAUAUUGGGAAUAUUGGAGAGCAGUGUGUGACUGUACACAAUACUGAUCACAAUUAUGAAUGCCAUUAUUACAUCCACUAAAUCUUACCAGCCUUUUAGAAGUUGUGGUACCAGUUGUGUAUCUCAUUCAGUUUGUAUUGUUAAUGGUUUGAAGCCAUUUAGACUUACUCAAUAAUUCUGAUUUAAAUAUUACGCUUAUCUUUUCCUGGUUAAGUCAUGUAAUAUUGAAAUGGUAGGAACUGCCAUGCUUGGUGCUCUUUUUCUGUGCUUUAUGAUUUUUUUUUUAUAUAAAAUUACUAUUCUAUCAGGAUAGUUAGAAAACUGCACGUUAAUUGUAAGAGUUUACAAUUUUCACAUUUAAAGAAUCCGUGUAUUCUACAGUGUGACAAGGUUCUAUUUAGUUAUGGUACCCUUUAAAACUGUAACAUUUGCCCUAUUCUCACAGUCUUUACAUCUGUGAGUGAACCGCUGAAUGCUUUAACAGCUUGCACUUACAAUCAUGCCUUAUUUGUGCAUGCCAAUUUGUCAGUUGCACUCAUUUUCAUGUAUUGCAUUUAUAGACUUUUACAUUGUGAGUUUACAUUGUGAGUAGAGUGGAGACACUUGAUCACCGAUUAGCCAGUGUGUUGGUAUUGCUAACCAAAUUAAAAAAGUGUGGUUGCUCGUUUUCUCAGGCAUCAACCUCAUGAAUGUAGAGUUCUACACAGUCAAAACAUUUCUUUCAUAUAAAGCCAAGUCUCCCCAAUAUUUGCUUUACAUGCAAAUGCUGGGCUUCUAGAGCUUGUAAAAUAUGGACACUACUUUGCCCUUGAUGUUAUAAGUUAAUAUAUUAAGUAGAGGUUGUUAGCUUCAUGCACUGUAAAUGGUGAGGUGUAAUUGUGUGUGUAUAUGUGUGUAUAGUUAUAUGUGGCAUAAAUAAAAAAAAAUAUGACUGAUAUC